AUGGCGCCCCCCAACGUCGACAGCAUGUUCACGCUCAAGGUAGACAACGUCCCCUUCCAGAUCGGGAGCGAUGAGCUGCGCGACCUCUUUUCCAAGUACGGAGAGAUCGGAGACGUGUACAUUCCACGUUCACGUGGCUCGAACGAAUCGCGUGGUUUCGCUUUCGUACGUUUUGUCGAAAAGCGCGACGCUGAAGAUGCGAUUGACGCCAUGGAAGGGCAGGAGUUCCAGGGCCGUGACCUACGCGUGCAGUUCGCCAAACAGCGUCGACCUGAUAACCCGAGGGAGUUCUACUCGCGUGGAAACAGUGGAGAACGCUAUGGCGGCAGCGAUCGCUACGGUGGAGGUGACAGAGGAGGCGGUAGCGAUCGCUAUGGCGAAGACCGCGGCCGCAGCAGCCGGCACGACGACCGCAGGGAUGACCGCAGGGAUGACCGCCGCCACGACGACCGCCGAGACGACCGCCAUCGACGUCGCUCGCGCUCGCGCUCCCCGGACCGCCGUGAUCGUGAUCGCCCUAGUGCUGGGCGCGACCGGAGCCGCAGCCGCUCCCCCCGCCCGCGUAGUCGUUCGCCACGACGCUCGAGUGUUUCGCCACCUCGUCGUGACUAG